AUGGUACAACGCGGUUUCGUCGCGUUCCUUGAAAUUGGGCUAAUCGAGGAGAAAAAGCCUCCGCCGCCGCUGGAUGACUCGCAACGGCUGUUUCAGCUGCUGUGGAUCGACGAGGACGAGAUCGAGCUCUUGCAAGGGUUCCUCGACUACACAUCGCAGCGAGGAUUCUUGCACCACAACGACAUUGCUUUGUUCUAUGACCAAAUCAAGUCGAAGCUCCAACUCGAUUUCAACAAGAAUCAGCUCGUGGAGAAGAUCCGAAGGCUGAAGAAGAAGUACCGGAACAUCCGUAACAAGAUUUGCUUCGGCAAGGAAUUCUCCUUCAAUAGCGCUCACAAUCAAGCCACCUUCGAAAUCUUGUGCAAGAUCUGGAGCAACGUGACUCCAAUCGGCGACAAUUCAUUGGAUGACUAUGAAAUCAACCCCAACCGUAGCCCCAACCCUAACCUUAAUUUUAGCCCUGUAAUUCUUAAGAAUGAAACGAUUUUCAGGAAUUCCACGGAGAAGAAAACACUGAAACGCUCUCGGCCUCGAUCGGCGGUGAAAAUCGAGCCAAAUGAAUUGAGUGCAAAAUGA